AUGACCAAGAACAAAGCCAAGCACGCCUUUCCUUUCCCUCGUUUCCUCCUUCCCUCAUUUCCCAAACGGGAUGACCGUUUUCCCCGCUCGAGCUCCCCACGCCCCACAGAUAAAUACCUGGACGGUCAUGUCUCUUACCUUCGCUGCGCUGAAUGUGCCUCACAUCUCUGCUUAACAUCGCAGAUCAUCAGCAAAGGAUUCACGGGCCGUCACGGUCGUGCAUAUCUCGUCUCUGCGGAUCCGGUUGCCAGUGCGGUGUCGGUCUGCGCGUCUUCAUCUCCUACAACUACCCUUCCUAAUACCAUUUUACAACACCCCGUGCCACGCCAGCUGGUGACAGGAGCUCAUACUGUCAGCGAUGUCACUUGUGCUUUCUGCGGAGGUGUACUAGGCUGGAAGUAUGUCGCGGCCGAGGAGGAAUCGCAGCGAUACAAGGUGGGGAAAUUCAUCCUGGAGACCAAGAAAAUUACAGCAUCUUCCUGUUGGGAAACCCCAGGCGUCGUGUUUCCUACCAAAGAAGAAGACCCGUCCAUCGAGAUCAAUUCAGGCUCUGCGGAACCUGAGUUUGACAGCCAGGAUGAAGACGAGUGCGAGGACCUCUUCGCGGGCAUUUGGAGUCCAGGGCUGGCCAGUCGCCGCAGAAGUCGCAAGAUGGAGAGGCGACCUGCGAUGUUUGGAUUGGCAUGA